UCUGACUGCAUUACCUUUAUUUUGUAAAUCUGUUUCAGUGCAGGAUGGGACGUGUAAUCAGGGGACAGAGAAAGGGUGCCGGCUCUGUGUUCAAAGCCCACGUCAAGCACAGAAAAGGUGCUGCCAAACUCCGUCAUAUUGACUUCGCCGAACGCAAUGGUUACAUCAAGGGAAUUGUAAAGGAUAUUAUCCAUGACCCUGGCCGUGGCGCUCCCCUGGCCAAAGUGGCCUUCCGUGACCCAUACCGCUUCAAGAAGAGGACCGAGCUCUUCAUCGCUGCUGAGGGCAUCCACACUGGACAGUUCAUUUAUUGUGGCAAGAAGGGUAAGAAGACAAAAUGCAAAUGCACCUGUUUAGUACUGUUGGGUACUUUUUGCUAUUUUUGUUGACAAUUCUUAACUAAU